CUAGAGGUGGAAUUGCCCGUCUUCGGGUUUGGCUUCAGGGCUGUGUGGGCGGGGCAAAGUUCUUCCCGGGCCGGGAUCCGAGCGGUUCUCGCGAGAGCUCUUCCUCUUCCUAGGCCGGCGCUGAGAAAGAAAGGCCAUGUUCAGUUCUAGCGCGAAGAUUGUGAAGCCCAAUGGCGAGAAGCCAGAUGAAUUUGAGUCUGGUAUUUCUCAGGCUCUUCUGGAGUUGGAGAUGAACUCUGACUUAAAAGCUCAGCUGAGAGAGUUGAACAUCACAGCAGCUAAGGAAAUUGAAGUAGGGGGUGGUAGAAAAGCAAUCAUAAUCUUUGUACCAGUUCCUCAGCUGAAAUCUUUCCAGAAGAUCCAGGUCCGACUAGUUCGUGAGCUGGAGAAAAAAUUCAGUGGCAAGCAUGUGGUGUUCAUUGCUCAGAGAAGGAUUUUGCCAAAACCAACAAGAAAAAGCCGUACAAAAAACAAGCAAAAACGUCCCAGGAGCCGUACGCUUACUGCAGUACAUGAUGCCAUUCUCGAAGAUCUGGUCUUCCCUAGUGAAAUUGUAGGCAAGAGAAUCCGCGUGAAACUGGACGGCAGCAGACUCAUAAAGGUCCAUUUGGACAAAGCACAACAGAACAAUGUUGAACACAAGGUGGAAACAUUUUCUGGUGUCUACAAGAAGCUCACGGGCAAAGAUGUUAUUUUUGAGUUCCCAGAAUUCCAGCUGUAAAGUACAAGAAUGACUGAAUAAACAGUUUAAUUGUUCAUA